UUGAAUUUGAAUUCACAUAAGGACAUAAAUUCAUGCGGCAAUAACAAUGUGUCAAUUUCUAUCUCUACAGCUUCUAAACUAAGAGCUAACAAGGCAACAGAGAUUUUAUUGCAUCCCAGUAGUCUCCUUGGAUUCCCCUCUAAAAACCAUGGAUGCUACCUACUUCAUUGAUUUGGUUAUUCUUUUCAUGGCCUAUAAUUUCUUGUUUCUCGCACUCACCUCAAAAGCUUCUGCUUCCUUGAACUUCAAUUUUAGCAGCUUUGAUUCUAAUCAACGGGAACUUCUGACAGAAGGACAUGCAAGUGUGGUGCUUGGUACCAUUCAACUCACCUUGAACAUGCGUGACAAGGGACAAGGAGGGAGUGCCGGUCGAGCAACAUACAAAGAACCAUUUCACCUCUGGGACAAAAGCACAGGAAAUCUCUCCAGCUUCGCCACUCAUUUCACAUUCAUCAUCAACUCACAAGGAAAUCCUGUGUAUGGCGAUGGACUCACAUUUUUUCUUGCUUCAAGAGAUAUAAAUUAUUGGAAUCCAUCUUCCUUAGCAAGAGGCGGCGGUCUUGGUCUGUCAAAGAGUGCUGCUAUGAAUCAAAUAACGUCAAACUCAACAGAUGUUCCAUUUGUUGCAAUUGAAUUUGAUACCUAUCACAACCCUUGGGAUCCGCUGGAUGAUCACGUAGGUAUCAAUCUCCAUUCCAUGGUUUCUGUAAAAAAUAUGUCUUGGCCUAGCAAUACUAAGGAUGGGAAUAUGACAGAGGUCUGGAUCACAUACAAUGCAACAAUUAAAAGUUUAAGUGUCAUGUUCUCUUAUAUUGAUUUGAAAAAUCAGAGAAAAGUAGGCAGAUUUACACAUGAGGUUGACAUGCGGAGCUUCUUGCCUGAACGGGUUAUUCUUGGCUUUUCUGGCAGCACUGGACUAGAGUUAGAAAUAAAUACAAUUUGUUCAUGGAGUUUUCAAUCAAAAGGUGACUUUAGAGUCAAUGAAUCUGCUCCCAUGGCACCAAGCCCAGGCAUCCACUCUAGUCCUGCUCCUGCUGCCCUGAAGAAAAAGAAAAAUGAGACGAAGUUAAAGCUUGGAUUUGGAAUUGGAGUGUGUUCUUUGGUCGUUGUGUUAGUUUUUGUCCUUCUCUGCUCAUGGCAAAAGAAGGGGGGACGUGAAAAUGGAAACACUUCCAUAUUCAAUGUGUCAUUUAGCAAUGAAUUUAAAAAAGGAUUAGGGCCAAGGAAGUUCUUGUACAAUGAAUUAGCUGAAGCAACCAAAAAUUUUGCUGAAGAAGAGAAGCUCGGAGAGGGAGGGUUUGGAGCUGUUUAUAGAGGUUUUUUAAAGGAGUUGAACUCCUAUAUUGCUGUGAAGAAGAUAUCAAGUGCUUCUAAACAGGGAAUCAAAGAAUAUGCAUCAGAAGUGAAGAUUAUUAGCCGAUUGAGGCACAAGAAUUUGGUGAAACUCCUAGGCUGGUGCCAUGAAAAGGAGCUUGUGCUGGCUUAUGAGUUUAUGCUUCAACGCAGCCUAGACACGCAUCUUUUCAAGGGAAAAGGCUUGUUGACAUGGGUUCUGAGAUACAAAAUUGCUCAAGGCUUGGCCUCUGCAUUGCUAUACCUUCACGAAGAAGCAGAUUUCUGUGUGCUUCAUAGGGACAUUAAAUCAAGCAACAUUAUGUUGGAUUCAAGCUUCAAUGCAAAGCUUGGAGAUUUUGGGUUAGCUAGGCUUGUUGACCAUGAAAAGGGGUCACAAACCACUAGACUGGCUGGGACCAUGGGUUACAUGGCUCCUGAAUGUUUCAUGUCAGGCAAGGCAAGCAAAGCAACAGAUGUAUAUAGUUUUGGAGUUGUAGCUUUGGAAAUAGCUUCUGGUAGAAAGGCUGUAGACACAAGCACAGUAGAUUCAAUCACGGCCGAAGAAUUCCAAAUAGGAUUGGUAGAAUGGGUUUGGAAACUGUAUGGGAAAGGAAAAGUCCUUGAAGCAGUUGAUCCUAAAUUGAAUAAAGACUUUGACGAGCAGCAAGUUGAGCGGUUGAUGGUCACUGGUCUAUGGUGUGUACACCCAGAUCACAAAUUCAGGCCCUCGAUAAGGCAAGUGAUUAAUGUCCUCGAUUUUGAAGCUCCAAUGCCUAUAAUCCCAUCACAAAUGCCAGUUCUUGCAUAUGUUAAUUCCAGUACUCCAUCUACAUCUUCCACGGCCUCUUCUUUUUCAUCUUCUUCACCAUUUUCAAUAUAA